AUGGAAACAAUGGUCAACGAAGCGCCAGAACAAGAUGUUAGCAACAACCGCUCGAGCAACAUUGUGACAACGGAGACGCUCAAAUUCAAUCAUCGACUAUUGCCGCGGAUUCGCCGCCACACCGAAAAGGGGAAACUUCUCGCGAUCAACUCGCACUUUCUCAAGCGAUACAAUAUUAAGGGUCUACUUGGAAUGGGCGGCUACGGGGAGAUUUACUUUGCGAAGGACACGAUCACGAAAACCGAUGUCGCCAUCAAAGUCGAGCCGAAAAUGCGACGGAAUCGAGUGGCGAAGAGGAUGAUGCUCGAGCAAAGGGUGCUGUGCGAGCUGAAGGGUAAACCCCACGCGCCAUACAUCAUCGGAUCGGGGCACAUCGAGAAGAUCAACUAUAUUAUAUUACAAUUGUUGUCGAUAAAUUUGAGCGAGUUGAAACGCGCCUCGCCACAGCAACGACUCUCGCGGCACACCGUUGGAAGAGUGCUCGUGCAGGGAAUCGCCGCGCUUCGCGAGAUACACAAGGCUGGAUACGUGCAUCGUGAUGUGAAGCCGGGAAAUAUGUGCUUUGGGGUGACGCCGCACUCGCAACACCGCUUGGUUUUGCUCGACUUCGGACUCGUUCGCCGCUACUUGCACGAGGACGGAACGCUGAGACCAUCGAGAAAGAAUUGCGGAUUUCGUGGCACCGUGCGCUACGUAUCCCUCCGAGUGCAUCACCAUCAAGAGCAAGCGCCGUGCGAUGAUCUCGUUUCGAUGAUGUACACGGGAUUGGAACUGUUGAUCUCGAACUUGCCCUGGAAGAACAAGAGCCAAUCGAGGGAAAUUCGACGCGCCAAAGAGGAGCUUUUCACGUUGAACUUUUUGGGAUUUGCGAAGAUUGUCGGCGAGCCGUUCAUGAAUUUCGCGCGAAUGAUCAACUCGUUGCAGGGCGACGAUGUGCCGGAUUACGACGUGCUGCAGAAAUGCCUUUUUGACAUGUACCGCCCGCGUGGUUUACUCGAUCCGUAUGACUGGGACAACGACUACGUGGACGUGGAAGUGGAAGUGGAAGAGGCAGAGGCAGGGACACCGACACCGGCGUAUCCGUCGAAGAAAUCGUCUCAGAAUCAAGAGGGAACUCCCGGAGAUGGAGCACAGGCACCCGCCACCAGUCGUCUCCUCUCGAUGCGAGCCGGCAGU